GGAUGCAGCCCGACAGCAGCAGCAGCUCUCGCCCCUUCAAGCAGAGGCGAAGCCUUGCCUCCAGGAUGCAGGAAGUGGCCGAGAUCCGCCUGAAAUAUCCCAACAAGAUCCCGGUGGUUGUGGAGCGCUACCACAAGGAGAAGACGCUGCCCCCCUUGACCAGGACCAAGUAUUUGGUGGCCCAGGACCUGCCCCUGUCCCAGUUAGUGGUCACCCUGCGGACCCGGCUCUCCCUGGCCUCAUCCCAGACCUUCUACCUGCUGGUGAACAACAAGGGGCUGCCCAACAUGUCCAUCACCAUGCAGGAGCUCUACCAGGACAACCGGGAUGAGGACGGCUUCCUCUACCUGACCUAUGCCUCCCAGGAGAUGUUUGGGAGCUCUUCCUCCAUCCAUCCAUGGGCCAAGCCCAUGUCCUUUGGGAUGCUCCUCCCAGGCCCCUGAUGCUGGUGAGGUUGGGGAUGUAUCCCCCUAAACUCAGCUUAAAACCAAUGGGGAGCCCUGGGUUGUGGCUGCACCAAGCUCACCUUUGUGAUGGCUUUAAACCCCGCUCGCUCCCUCCUUCCUCUUCUGCCUUGAGCUGCCAGAUGAUGCUCCCAGCGUGGCAGAGGAUGGGGUUGGUUUCCUUGGAUCCACUGGGAGGUGAUUCCUCAAACAGGGCUUUGGGAGCUCGGGCUCCUCCUAAGCGC